AUGAAAAAAAGAAGUGUUGAUUGUGAUUUAUUCAGUGAAUUACAACAAAACGGAAUUUUAAAUGAAAAAGAACGAUUAGAACUCUUUAACAUUGGAUGUACACCACUUCCUUUAUGUGUGAGAGUUAAUCAAAAAAGUAAAUAUCGAGAUUUGUUACAAACUCUCUUUAAUAAAUCAUGUGAUGAAAUGAAAGUGAUUCAAAAUCACAAAAUUUUUAUUUGGAAUAAUAACAAAUCAAUUAAGAAAGAAAUUAAAGAAAUUAUUGACAAUGCAGUGGAACGAAAUUACUGUUAUAGACAAGAAUUAUGUAGUAUGUUUCCUCCAUUAGUUAUUGAGUCAUUAAUAAAUAAGUACCAUAUUAAUACUGUUCUUGAUAUUUGUGCCGCUCCAGGAAGUAAAACAAGUCAAUUGGUAGAAAAUAAAAUAUUGGUUACAGCGAAUGAUGUUGAUCCAAAAAGAGUCCAAAUAUUAGCUCAUAGAUUAAAUUGUUGGGGAAAUGUAAAUAUAUUAAACUGUUCUAUAGAUCAAAUUAAAGGAAAAUAUGAUUGUAUUUUAUGUGAUGCACCAUGCAGUGGAGAUGGAACAUUAAGAAAAUCUUCAAAUCCAUGGUUUAAAUGGAAAUUAACUACUUCAUUUGAAAACCAUAGAAUUCAACUUAAAAUUGUUAGAGAAUCAUUAAAACAUCUUAAUGAAAAUGGUAUUAUUAUUUAUUCCACUUGUUCAAUGAAUCCUAUUGAAGAUGAAGCUGUAAUUCAUUCAAUAUUAAAAGAAUUUCAAGGAAGUAUAGAACUUAUUGAUAUUCACUCCAUCAUUCCAAAUGGAAGAAAUGGUGUUUCUAUAUGGAAAAAGUAUGACACAAUAAACUGUCCGGUUACUAGUUACCCUCCUCUUGAAGAAUAUCAUUUAGAGCGUUGUGUAAGAAUAUUUCCUCAAGACUAUAACUCAGGUGGAUUUUUUAUUGCUGCUCUAAGAAUGAAUAAAGGUAUAAGCAUAGCUUCUUCAGAUGAAGAUACAAUGGAAUAUUUUGAGAAAGCCAAUAAGGAUAAUAUUUUAUGGAAUCAAUUAAAAAAUGAAUUUGAAUUACAACCUAUUGAAAAUAAUAUUAUUAUGAAAAAAGAUAAUUCGUUAUAUUCAUGGUAUAAUGGAAAUCCUAUUUAUCAAUCAGUGUUUUGUGGAUGUAAAUUAUUUGAACGAAGAAGAAAAGGUGAUUACUCUCUGUCUUCAUUUAGGUUAUGUGAAGAUGGGUUGUUUUUGGUUCAACCAUUUAUUAAGAAGAGACGAGUCAAACUGUCUUUAGAAUCUUUCCUGAAACUUCAAGACCAACCAGUUCCGUUCAAUUUAUUCUCAACGGAAAUUCAAAACGAGCUAAAAAAAUGGAAAGAAGGGUCAAUUAUUAUUGAAAUUACUCAGAAAAACUGUAAAUUGGAUUCAUUUUAUUUUAUUGGAUGGAUAGGUAAAACAACAUUAAACCAUAAUAUAUCGAAAGAAGAAUGGAAAUUAAUUCAUCUUUUGUUGAAAGAGUCUAUCAAUAAAUAA